UAGUCUUCCCGUUCCUGUCGCCACAUUAAAAGACCACGUGUCUGGAGUGAACAGAAUAUGCACGGAAACACACCCGAGUCCGACCAUGGCCCCUGCACUCGGGCCCCCGUGGCAUCUGACCGGAGACUGAACCCACAACGCACCUACUCCUGCGUAGAAAACUAGAAACUUCGGGUUCGUCGCGCUGCGACCAUUCUACCCGGGUCGACGUCCGUUGCUGCAGUGCCAGGGGACGCAAGGUUGCCUUGUUCUGAUGGGGGAAAAAGGACCCCGCUGUUUUGAAGCGUUCUCGGCCGCGCGCGUUUAGUUUAGCGGCCUAGCGAUUAGUUUAUACGCCUAACAAAUCCCUUGCUCACCAACCAACUAACCCAUCACGUGCCGGCCGGGACGAUCUCUCCGUACGCGCGCUUUGCUUGCUUCCUAUAUAAGCAGAGAGAGGCAGCAUUGCACCACAGCAGCGGACAGCGGCCAGAGCCCGAACGGAGCAAAAGCGCCGAAGGGAGAGCACAGAGCAAAAAGCUUUCUUUGCAUCUCAUCACUUGCGUUUCCCACAAGGCCACUGGCCACCAGAAAUCCAGAAUCGCCUCGCGCUCCGCUCGCAGCUAGGCCUCCGUCGGCGAUCGGCAUGGACGCGGGGGACGACAUGGAGAGGGGCGCGGGCGCGCCAGUCCUGCUGCCCGAGAGCAACGGGCCAAAGAUUCAGGACGACAGCCUGCAAGUGCCACUAUUGAAGGAUAAAAAACGCGCAGGCAGCAAGGCACCAGCAGUUGUGCUAGGGUUCGAGUGCUUGGAGAGCACAGGGUUCUUUGGCAUCUCCACGAACCUGGUCGUGUACCUGGAGAAAGUCCUCCACGGCAGCAAUCUGGCCAGCGCCUCCAAAGUCACUACAUGGACCGGCACCAGCUACCUGACCCCGAUCUUCGGCGCCAUCAUCGCCGACACCUUCUUGGGCAACUACAACACCAUCCUCAUCUCCCUCGUCGUCUACCUUCUUGGGAUGAUGUUCGUGACCUUCUCCGCAUUCCUGCCCACGGCCGCGAUGCUCGGCGGCUCCUCGGUGUUCGGCGCUCAAACCGUCGCCUUCAUCGGGCUGUACCUCGUCGCGAUCGGGAGCGGCGGGGUGCGCUCGUCGCUGCUGCCGUUCGGCGCGGAGCAAUUCGACGACGACAAUGAGAAAGACCGGGAAAGCAAGGGCUCCUUCUUCAGCUGGUUCUACCUCUGCGUCAGCUUCGGCCCGAUCGUCUCCGGUCUGUUCAUUGUGUGGAUACAGGACAACGUCAGCUGGGGCCUCGGCUUCGGCAUCUCCACCGCCUGCAUCGCUCUCGCUUUCGGCGUCUUCGUUCUCGCCACACCCGUGUACAAGCGCCGCAUGCCCACCGGCACGCCGCUCAAGCGCCUGAGCCAGGUCAUCGUCGCCGCCUGCCGGAAGAUUAGCCGCAAGGUGCCUGCCGACGCGAGCUUGCUCUACGAGGUCAGCGACAAGGUGGACCCCCAGCCCAAGCUCGCACACACCGGUGAUUUCUCAUUACUUGACAAGGCGGCCGUCAUCACCGAGUCGGACUUUGAGGAGGUAACGGAGGAGGCCGGCUCGUCGUGGAAGUUAUGCACCGUGACGCAGGUGGAGGAACUGAAGAUCCUGCUGCGGCUUCUGCCCAUCUGGGCGACCAGCAUCAUCGUGUCCGCGGCGUACGCGCAGAUGAACACUACCUUCAUCCAGCAGGGCAGCGCCAUGAACAUGUCCAUCCUGUCGGUGUCAGUGCCGCCUGCGUCGAUGGCAUCGUUCGAGGUAGCUUGCGUCUUUUCUUGGGUGAUGCUCUACAGCAAGGUGAUCGUGCCAGCGCUGAGGGGCUUCAGUUCCGGCGGCGACGGCGAGCCAUCGCUGCUGCAGCGAAUGGGCGCCGGCCGGCUCCUCAUGGCUCUUGCAAUGGCGGUCUCUGGACUCGUGGAGAUGAAGCGGCUCGACAGCGCGGCGCGCGGCGAGGAGAUCUCCAUAGCGUGGCAGCUCCCGCAGUACUUCUUCCUGGCCGGCGCCGAGGUGUUCUGCUACAUCGCGCAGCUGGAGUUCUUCUACGCCGAGGCGCCGGACACCAUGAAGAGCACGUGCACGUCGCUGGCGCUGCUCACCAUCGCGCUGGGCAGCUACCUCUGCUCGUUCAUCUACGCCAUCGUGGCCGCCUUCACGGCCACGGCGGACAGCCCCGGGUGGAUCUGCGACAACCUCAAUCAGGGCCACCUCGACUACUUCUUCUGGACCAUGGCCGCCAUGUGCACGCUCAACUUCGUCGUGUACAGCGGCUUCGCCAAGAACUACAAGCUCAAGACUGUGCUCUCAUGACGUGCUUACAAGCUGCUCGCUUCCGUCUUGGAGAUUCCAUUGCAUUUUUUGCACAAUUGCCAAUUGGUAAUUGGUGAUGGGUAACUAGCAAGUACUACUGGCUCAACGGAUGGUGAUAGUGCAUAGGAAACGUGCAGCGGUGCCGGUAGUAGGAACUAGGAAGAAGUCGUUGCCGCAUCUUUUUGCUUUUACGUUUUUGUUUGAAAUAUGAAGCUGCAGUAGGUGGCGGCAAAAAAAUUUCAUUUCAAUUUGUAAUACAGUUUUUGAAUGUCAAUAUAUAUGGCGGCAAAGGAUUUUUUUU